GUAAGUGAUUUUUUUAUCUUUAAAAAUAAUAUAAUUUUCUUUUUCUUUUUUAUGGUAUUCUAAAAUCUAAGUUUUUUUUUUUUUUAAUUUUAAUUUUAAUUUUUUUAUAAGCAUUCUAAAAUCUAAGCUGAAACGAUCCCAUAUCCCAAUUCUUCACGAUAGAAAAGGGAGAGAAGAGAACAGAGAGUAUCUCCCAAACCCUAAAAUGGACGACAGAGACAAAUCCGAUAGGCGAAACAGAGAUCGACACUCCGAACGUGACCGCGACCACAAGUCUCAUCGGAGCCGUCACGAUUCCGAUGACCACCGCCAUCAUCGAUCUGACCGGAAUGCCAAACACGACCACAAAACCAGAGACAGAGAAGACCGAGAAGGAAGCAGAGAUAGGGAUAAGGUAUACGAUAGGGACGAAAGAGAGGGUAGCAAAGGUAGGUCUAAAUUGAAGCGCGAUGAAGAGAUGGAAGAUUCAGUCGAGCCACGACACUCUUCGCAUUCUCAUAAGCGGAAAGAUAGGGAACAUAGUGAGGAUCGUGAAUUGGAAGAUAAGAGAAUUAGGGUUUCUGAAGUGAAGAAGGAGCGUAGAAAAUUUGGUGAUAAAGUGAAGAAAGAAGUUUAUUAUGAUAAUGAGCCCAAGGUCGAGGAGGAAGUUACUAAUGGUGCCCAUUCCAAUGACAAUGCUUCACCGCAAAACGGUGUUGCUGUGGGAUCACCUGCUGCGGUGCCUGCUAGUGUGCCGGAGUCAACUUUGGCCCCUCCUCCUUCCUUUCCUAUCAAGGUAUCAUCGAUUUCUACCACAAAUGAAAAUAAGGGUGUUAGUAUUACCAGGUCUCAUGAGGUUACUGGAAAAUCUAGUACAGAUGGGUCAUCUUCAACUGCUGGAAAACCUGGAAGCCUCUCUAUUGAUGCCUUAGCUAAGGCAAAGAAGGCUUUACAAAAGCAGAAAGAGUUGUCGGAGAAGCUGAAGAGAAUUCCUCAGUUGAAUAAGAGUUCUACCUCAAAUUCGCAAGAAAGCACACAUUUGGGUUCCAAGACUGAAUCUGCAGCGCCCUCUCUUGGUGUCGGAGUGGUAACAAGACCUACCAUCUCAGCUUCUUUGGGGCCUGUUCCAAAUAUGUCAAUCUUUCCCGCUGCUGCAAAUCCUCCAGCUAGUGGUACUAGUGCUGCUGGUGUCACAACUGCAACCAACCUUGAAGCUGUCAGACGUGCUCAGGAGCUUGCUGCCAGGAUGGGAUUCCGUCAUGAUCCACAAUUUGCUCCCCUAAUCAAUAUGUUUCCCAGCCAGAUUGUAACACCAGAUGUUACUAACCCUCCGAAACCAACCAAGGCUCCUGUUCUUCGUCUUGACGCCCAUGGACGGGAAAUAGAUGAACAUGGAAAUGUUGUUAAUGUAACUAAGCCUAGCAACCUUAGCACAUUAAAGGUCAACAUUAAUAAACAGAAGAAAGAUGCAUUUGAAAUACAAAAACCUGUGUUGGAUGUUGAUCCUGAUUCUAACCCUCAUUUUGACGAGAGUAUUGGCAUCAACAAAACAAAGCUCCUGCGCCCCAAGAGGAUGAAUUUUCUGUUUGUGGAGGAAGGAAAAUGGUCAAAAGAUGCUGAAUCAAUAAAGUUGAAGAGUAAAUUUGGGGAAGCUCAAGCAAAAGAGCAGAAGGCCAAACAAGCACAGCUAGCAAAGGCAAAAGCUGCUCCUGAUAUAAAUCCGAACUUAAUAGAAAUUACAGAGAGAGUUGUAUUGAAAGAAAAGCUGAAGGACCCAAUUCCAGAAAUUGAGUGGUGGGACGUGGCACUUCUGCAUUCUGGAAAUUAUGGUGAUAUUGCCAACGGAACUGUAGGCGAAGACAAAUUGAAAAUGGAAAAAAUCACCUUUUAUGUGGAGCAUCCUCGUCCCAUUGAACCGCCUGCUGAGCCUGCCCCUCCACCACCUCAACCUCUCAAGCUAACCAAACAGGAGCAGAAGAAACUCAGGACCCAAAGGCGUAUAGCUAAGGAGAAGGAGCGACAAGAGAUGAUUAGACAGGGAGUCAUAGAACCGCCAAAACCGAAGGUCAAGAUGAGCAAUUUAAUGAAAGUGCUGGGGACUGAAGCAACUCAAGAUCCCACUCGGCUUGAAAAGGAAGUGCGUAAUGCAGCUGCUGAGCGUGAGCAGGCUCACAUUGAUAGGAAUAUUGCACGCAAGCUUACUCCUGCUGAGCGGAGCGAGAAGAAGGAAAGGAAGCUGUUUGGUGACCCAAAUACACUGGAUACACUUGUCUUACUUUACAGGAUAAAUGACCUCUCUCAUCCAAAGGCCCGCUUUAGAGUUGAUGUUAAUGCUCAAGUAAAUCGUUUGUCUGGAUGUGCUGUGAUUUGUGAUGGUAUUAGCGUUGUCGUGGUUGAAGGUUGUAGCAAGUCAAUUAAGAGGUAUGGGAAACUAAUGCUUAGACGUAUCAAUUGGAGUGAUCUUUCAAAAGAGAAAGAAGAAAACGAAGAUUCAGAUGAUGAGAAGCCUCCCAAUAAAUGUGUUCUGGUGUGGCAAGGAAGUGUUGCCAAACCGAAUUUCAAUAGGUUCAGUGUUCAUGAUUGCGUCACUGAAGCGGCUGCUCGUAAAGUUUUUGUGGAUGCUGGGGUUCCUCAUUAUUGGGACCAAGCUGUCAACUACGAUGACGGUGCUGCUUGAAUUGUUUUCUAAUGUUUUUGCUCAACAUUAUUAGCAUGCCUAGCCAGUCUUUUUGAAAGUGAUCAGUUAUACAAUUUGUGUUAAGCGGAGUUUUUUUAACACUAGCUGUUGGUGUUCCCUUGUUUCAUGUGGUCAAUGAUGUGAUGUCCUCAACUAUUUUGUAGAUUUGCCAACAUGAUUUAGUGGUGUAAACUUUCACACUUCCAUUUAGAAAGUGUCCAUUUGAUAUGAUGACUGUGUGCGAUAUCACCUGUUAAAACUUAAAAGUUUCAGGCCUUUGAGAUUUACUGCUAUGUUUCCGACUGUAAAAUUACUUUCUCACAGAAUUGUGUUUAAA